GGCAACUAUUGAGGCCAGUGUGUCAUUCAAUUUUUGAUUUGGGCGUGGAAAAGGAACAAAAACAAUUUUGUUUUCUAUUUGUGAUAAAUAACCAUCAUGGGCGCCAGUAAUCGCACAACACGCAUAGCAGUUGGAAUUUCGGCUGUAUCAUUUAUAUUGUUUCUAAUUGCAUUCGUCACACCCUACUGGCUAAUUACAGAUGGUCGUAUUGACAAUCCUCGCUUUACAAAUCUUGGACUAUGGGAAGUGUGUUUCCGAAAUUUCCAGGAUAUACAUCGAUUCUACGAUACCGUCUUUAAUGGAUGCAUGUGGGUAUUCGAGGAAGAAUAUUACAUUAUACACGAUUUUCUUCUACCAAGUUUCUAUGUUGCUGUGCAAGUUUUUGCAACACUCUGCUUUGUGUUGUGUCUCAUCGCUUUGCCGCUGACAUUAUCAUUUUUGCGUACCUCUCGUGAUGACGACCGUUAUGUGUUCCUACUGUUAACUAUUGGAUCCUUCCAAGUACUAGCUUCAAUAUUCGGCUUUAUCGCUGUUGUAAUAUUCGGUGCGAAAGGAGAUUCCCGUGAUUGGAUGCCAGGAUGGCAAAACAAUGAUAUGGGUUGGUCAUUUGCUUUAGCUGUGGUUGGUGGCGUCAUGUUAUUACCAGCCGGUGUAUUAUAUAUAGUGGAAGCACGUCGUGAACGUUAUCGUCAUUUAAAUGAAAUUAGUAAUCGUGAUAUAAGUGAAUAUGGCGGUCCCACAGAUGAGUUUUACCAACAACAGGCGCAACAAUAUUUUGCACCGGAACCAACUAGACCAAGGCGUCCACCACCCGGUCAGAGUACAUCUGCCGCUGCUGCUGCAGCAGCCGCUGCACUACCCAAAGCAGGUGGAAUACAAACCGACAUCUGAGAAAUAUUUCACUAAACUAUAAAA